CACCACAAUGGCUACACAUAACUAUACGUAAAUAUCUUAGUGUUGUGUUUGUAUCAUUGCGGAUCUAAAAAGAAAUUGUUGCUUGAAUCAAGUACACAUAAAGUUUACGUUGUAAAAAUGUGUUUUAGAGAUAGCAUUGCUACGGGCUAUUUCUGUUAAAUAUAAAAACGCAAAUGUGGUUUGGAUAAUUUCAAAUUAAUAAUAUUGAUAGUCUCGUUAAGUGUAAAGCCGUACAAAAAAAAAAUAAGAAAAUGUUGGGGUGCUUCAGUCAAUUGUCCGUGCCCAGUCUGGGCGAAAUGGAACAAACCGUGUGUAUGCUGGAACGGGGAACUAUCAUAACAAAAUAUUAUCCGCGCCGUCGACCCGAACAGAAAACAUUGAUGCUGAGGAGAGAGACGAGACAGUUAAUUUGGGCGUCAGCGAAUGCCAAUCCACGUACGAACUAUGACGGAGCCGUGGAGCUUCGUGAAAUAAAGGAAGUGAGACUGGGGAAAAAUAGCAAAGAGUUCGAGAAAUGGAGUGACGAUAGCAAAGCAAUUGACCCGUUAAAAUGUUUCAUUGUAUUCUACGGCAGUGAAUUUAAACUGAGAUCGUUGUCGGUUGUGGCUUUAUCCGAACAGGAAUGUGAAAAUUGGAUGAAGGGAUUGCGGUACAUGAUUAGCGAUACGAACUCGUCUCCAUAUCCGUUAGAGAUCGAGAGGUGGUUGCGGAAAGAAUUUUAUUCGAUUGAAAAUGCACGGGAAACGGUGACCAUAAAGGAAUUGAAAGCAUUUCUUGGCCGCGUCAACUGUAAAAUGAGCACAGCAAAACUGUUAGAACAUUUCAAUGAGAUCGAUGUGAGGAAACGUGGCGAAUUGCGAUUCGACGAUUUUUCGCAUUUGUUCCAAAAACUACUGGUCACCCAGAAUACCUUACAAGAGUGCUACAAUUGCUUCGAAGGUUUUCCAUACAGCAAAGAUAACGAGACCGUUCAACUGCAAAGCUUCCAGACCUUUUUAGUCAAAGAUCAAAACGAUCCGUUAGGAAAGGAUGAUCGCAUGGUAUCAACAUUUUUACGGGACUUUGUCCAGGAUCCAUUACGAGACGUUCAGGAGCCAUAUCUUACAAUACCUGAGUUCAUCGAUUACCUUUUUUCGAAACAAAACAGCAUCUGGGACACCCGCCAUGACAGAGUGUACAUGGACAUGAAAAAACCAUUGUCGCACUACUGGAUCUCGUCGUCACACAACACUUAUCUGACCGGCGAUCAAUUUUCCAGUGAAUCGUCGACUGAAGCAUACGUGCGGGCACUACGAAUGGGCUGCCGUUGCAUCGAAUUGGAUUGUUGGGAUGGUCCAGACAAUAUGCCGUUGAUUUUCCAUGGUCAUACGUUCACCACCAAGAUCAAAUUCCGUGAUGUCAUCAAAACCAUCAAAGAGCAUGCGUUCGUCACGUCCGAGUAUCCGGUGAUACUGUCGAUAGAACAAAAUUGCUCGCUUGCGCAACAACGUAAAAUGGCGCAAGCGAUGAUCGAAGUUUUCGGCGAUAUGCUGCUGACGAAUCGCAUGGACAAAAAUGAAAUUCAGUUGCCGUCACCGCAUCAAUUGCGCCGUAAAAUAAUUUUAAAGCACAAAAAGCUUCCGGAAGUUGAGGACGGAACGUUGGCUAAGAACGACGAAAACGAAAAUUUCCGCAGCAUGAUGAAAGAAGGAAAAUUGUAUCUUCAGGAUCCUGUAGAUAAAUCGUGGAACUUGUAUCUGUUUGUGUUGACCCAACACAAGCUGAUGUACCGUUCUGAGCCGGAAGAGUCAAUUCGGGACGAAGAGUUUGAACUGUGCUUCCCGCGGCCGAAAGAGAGCCUAAUGAAUGACGAACUGCAUUUCGGCGAGAAUUGGUUCCACGGCAAGCUGGAGGGUGGACGGCAAGAGGCAGAACAGUUGUUGGAAGCGUACAAGCAUUUGGGUGAUGGCACGUUUUUGGUGCGAGAGAGUGCAACGUUUGUCGGAGAUUACAGUUUGUCGUUUUGGCGGAAGGACAAGGCGAAUCAUUGCCGCAUCAAAUUGAAGCACCAAAAUGGUCUCACGAAAUAUUAUUUGGUGGAAAUGCAUGUGUUCGACAGUCUAUACAGCCUAAUCAUGCACUACAGACAGAAUAUGCUGCGAAGUGCGGAAUUUGCCAUUCUGCUUAAAGAACCAGUUCCGCAACCGAAAAAGCACGAGACACAAGAGUGGUUCCAUCCGCACACUACACGCGAACAAGCCGAUAAUGUUUUGGUGCACUUGAGCGAUGGUUCAUUUUUGGUUCGCGUGUCAGAACAAGACGCCAAUGCUUACGCAAUAUCGUUCACGGCCUAUCGAAAGAUCAAAAACUGUCGCAUCAAUGUGGAAGGACGACUGUACAUUGUGGGAGAAACACAGUUCGAGAGUCUAGUCAGUUUAAUUAGUUAUUAUACCAGGAAUCCUCUCUAUCGGAACGUUAAGCUCACGUAUCCGAUAUCCAAAGAGAUGCUGAAGACAAUGUCAAAGCGUUAUGGGAGCGAGGUUACGGCAUCGGAUGCAGAAAAUGGUGAAGACGAUCAAAAUGAAGCCUCAAGUUACAUGGAUCCGUCAGCGUCACAAGAACGGGUUACCGUAAAGGCAAUGUACGACUACAUAGCACAAAAUCCCGACGAACUCUCGUUUUGCAAGCAUGCCAUCAUCACCAACGUUAAGAAAAAGGAGAACAAUUCGUGGUGGACGGGAGAUUACGGUGGCAAGAAACAACACUAUUUCCCUGCCAAUUAUGUUGUGGAAAUAGAAACGUCCGGUGAUGGAUGCAGUGAUGAUAGUUCAGGAAAAGUCUCUACUAAUCAUACGGAUUCAUUUGAUGUGCAUGGCGCAGUGGUUAGUUUUGCUUACGAUUCAAGUGAACCGGAUGUUCAGUUCAAAUUGCGCAUACAAACGCCGACGAUGCAAAAUAUUUUCGAAAUCGGCUUCAAGAACCAUGAAGUUGCCACCGAAUGGGAUAAAGCAAUCAAGGAAGCCGCCCAAAUCGCCAGCCUACUGGAAACGCAACGUCGUAAAAAGGAGCGAAACGCUCGGGUGGCAAAGGAAAUGUCCGAUUUGAUAAUAUACUUCCGUAGUGUACCGUUCAAGGACAAAGACUGGGUGUUCUAUGAGAUGUCCAGCUUCCCGGAAACGAAAGCCGAAAAAUAUUUCGUUCAGCAGUACGGUUCGUCGACGGUGCGGUAUCAUCAAAAUCAAGUCAGUCGGGUGUAUCCGAAGGGACAGCGAUUGGAUUCGUCGAAUUUCAAUCCGAUUCCGUUUUGGAACGUCGGCUCGCAAAUGAUUGCCCUGAAUUAUCAGACGCCCGAUAAACCGAUGCAAUUGAACGAAGCGAAAUUUCGUGAUAACGGCGGUUGUGGAUACAUUUUGAAGCCGAAAUUUAUGUUAAACGAACGAUUCGAUCCGAAUGACAGUAAUACGUUGGUGGACGUUGAAGAGAAAACGGUCAAUAUUCGGAUAAUCGGCGCCCGGCAUUUGUGCAAGUCUCGAAGUAAUGUGACCAAUCCAUCGGUGGAAGUGGAAGUCGUUGGUUCGACAUUUGAUUCUGGUGUGAAGCAUCGAACGCGAUCUGUUGAAAAUGGAUUCAAUCCAAUUUGGAACGAGCUUUGUGAAUUUCACAUAAAAAAUCCGGAUUUCGCCAUGCUACGGUUUGAAGUGCAAGACGAAGACAUGUUUGGUGAACGGAAUUUCAUUGGGCAAGCCGUCUUUCCAAUAAACUGCUUGCGAACGGGCCUACGAAGCAUAUCACUGAAAAACAAGUACAGCGAAGACUUGGAAUUGGCGACCCUCUUGGUGCAAAUUCAAAUUAAAAAUUCCGAGAGCAAAUAGACUAAUACAUUGCCUACAUUAAUCGAGUUUUUGGGGCGGAGCAUGCAAAUGCAAAACUGUUAGAUCCACGCUCUAGAGUUCAUUUGGGAAAGAAAUCUUAGCGUUAACAUCAAUGUAAAUGCUGUGAUGGCUUAAUAGGGGAAGUAGUAGUAUUGAAAACAGCCUAUGCGGCUCGGUUUUCUUCAUUUCUAUCUUCGAAUUGUUGUCGGCAUUGUCGGUAAUUUAAACGAAACGAAAUUUGGUCCAUCUUUCAAUAAAGUUACGCCGCAAACAUUAACUAGUAUUGCUAAUUAACUCCCGCUGCCAUUAACCACUAAAACGUGACCAUGUUUACUGUACCAACAUCCUGUUUCGAUCCCAUUUCCCCUAAUCAAGCAGUAAAAGACAGAUCAUUCAAAUUCGACUUUAGGACUACAAAAGCACUGUCUGUCUUUAAGAAUAUGUUUCUUGAUCCUCUCGAAUUUUCCCGUAUUUUUGUAAUUUUCGUGAGUUUUCCUCAAAGCGAAAAAAUCAUGAAAAUUUGAGAAAAGAGAAAUUUUCCGGAUAAUCUCCAAUUUUCCAAAUGAGGUAAAAUUGUCGAGAAAAUUGUCUUCAUUUUCUGGAACUUUUCUAGAUUUUCUUAAGAAUUUCUAGAUUUUGAUAAAGUUUUCUCAAAGGUUGGUUGCGCACAGAAGUGUAGAUUGAGUGAUUUAAAAAAAGGAGGCGAAUGUGUCAUCUAAAUUUGCUUGCACGGACUCUUUAGAGUAAGAAAGUACGUCUCGCUACGCUCCGCUCCAAUUUGACAUUUGACGCGUAUCUUCCCUUUUAUUUACAAAAACAAAA